AUGAAGUUCUUUGUGGCUGCUUUUCUGUGCGCUACGCUGGGCAUCAGUAGUGCUGACAUUAAACCCCUUACUGUACAAGACAAUCAAGUACUCAUCGGUGGAUCCCCAGGAGCACUAGUUGGUAACAGUCUUUUUUGGAGCAACAGUAACUGGGGAGGUGAAAAAUUCUACAAUGCAAAAUGUGUGCAAUGGUUAAAAAAAGACUGGAAUUCUAAUCUGAUACGCGCAGCUAUGGGAGUCGAAGAAAGUGGUGGCUAUUUGCAGGAUCCCCAAAACAACUUGGCUCGGGUGAAGGCCGUUAUUGAAGCUGCAAUUGCCGCUGAAAUUUAUGUCAUCGUUGAUUGGCACUCUCAUUGCGCUAAUCAACAUCAGGAUGAGGCUAUUAAAUUUUUCCAAGAAAUAGCAAAGUGCUAUGGCAACAACACCAAUCUUAUCUAUGAAAUAUGGAAUGAGCCAAAAGAUGAUGUCUCCUGGAGUGCCAACGUGAAACCCUAUGCAAUAGCCGUCAUCAAAGCAAUUCGAGAAAUUGAUAACAACAAUCUCAUUGUAGUGGGCUCACCCCAUUGGUCUCAGGAUGUUGAUGCCGCUGCAGCUGAUCCCAUCACUGGUUUUAAGAAUAUUGUUUACUCUCUACAUUUCUAUUGUGGAUCCCACCACCAAGAUUUGCGAGACAAGGCAGCAGCUGCGCUAAAAAAAAUCCCUUUGUUUGUGACUGAAUGGGGUGCGGUUAAUGCAGAUGGUAAUGGAGGUGUCAAUCAAGAUGAAACCAAUAAAUGGAUUGAAUUCAUGAAAGCCAAUAAUCUCAGCAACGCCAAUUGGAGUCUCAAUGAUAAACCGGAAGGAGCUUCAUCUUUGAAAUCUGGAUGCAAGCCUGAAGGAGAAUGGAAUGAUUCCGAUCUUACCGAGUCAGGAACAUUUGUACGCAAUGCGAUCAAGCAAUGGGUCUCAAAUUCAGCCUUGAAUUCACCCUCAAAUUCAAACUCGAAUUCCGGCUCUAAUUCCGGCUCAAAUUCCGGCUCAAAUUCUGGCUCAAAUUCCGGCUCAAAUUCCGGCUCAAAUUCUGGCUCAAGUUCCGGCUCAAAUUCUGGCUCAAAUUCAUACUCGAAUUCAAGUCAAACAAUUUCAAAGAAUCCAGCCAACACAGAUGUUUGCUCAUGCUGUGUUUGCAACUGCCCCUGA